ACUCGAAAGACAGCUGGGGAUCUCAGCAGAACUGAGAGCGCUUGUCACCGCGACGGAUUGAUAAUACGUUUCAUUUUUUCGUCACAUUUUGGAUCAGUUGCGGUGGAUAAUGAACAUACCUGGGAGUGAACACUUAGUAUUUACAUCUUAGUUUCGCGUCUGAGGCUUAAAAUUGAAAUCAUCGCGUGAUGCGUCUCCGUUGUUUGUAUUGGCGUCAAUGGACCUGAACGCGUUUCGAGAUGUUUUGAUAUAUUUGGAUGAGCUUACGUGGACAUUUGGUUUGUUUUCUUUAACUUGACGUGCUUUGAGUGCACUUGAUGUUCCUUAUGCAUUUGCGGAGGAUUUGAAUUAGCAGCCAUUUAAGCUGUCCUAGAGCCAGUCAGGUUAUCUGGCUGAUCAUCAUCUCAAGUGCUCUGUUGUCAUUGAACUGCUCGGAUGCAACAGUUGCAUGUGCAUUUCUUGUAUAAAGUGGCUCAGAAGCCCGGCUCAUCUGUGUCCCCCCUAUGAAUUCAACGCACACAUUGUGAUGAGUGAAAUCUGGGCUGUGAGCUUGAGUUGUGCGCACGUGAGGACAUGUCAUUUCCAGCAGCAGCAGCAUGCAUCCUGAUGGCCGAAGCCGCAGCAUCAUCACCAGCAGGUCGGAUGUCCUCAUGCCCAGCAGCGCCGUCUACCCGUCUCUGGUCCUCGGCAUCGCGGCGGCGGUGCUGGUCGUCCAGCUCGGCUCUGGAGGACUCACUCUCACCUCGUUUUUCCUCAAACUCUUUAUUUAUAUGUCCUUCGCGUUGUUCUGUUUCAUGCUGGGGUGUCUUGGGCUGCUGGUGAAGAGAAGCCCCCUGAAGAUCAGCAGAUUUGACACCACUAGGAGAGAGUCAUCGAAGCUCGUGGAUUUAUUCAAUAAGUUAAUGGGCCGGUUCUGUGUACCUCUGCUGGAUUCAGCCCAGACCAGGAGGGUUGUGGUGUCUCUCAAUGUGGAUAAAGCCCUUAAAGAAGUGUUUGACUACAGCUAUCGGGACUAUAUUCUGUCAUGGUACGUCCCCUUGAGUCGAGAUGAGGGCCAACUCUAUCAGAUGUUGUCUGAGGACUUUUGGGAAAUGACCAAACAGCUGCGAAUGCGUCUGUCUGAGGUGGAUGUGGUCAACCUGGUCUGUAACGACAUGGUCAAGACCCUCCACACGCACUUCUGUGACCUUAAGGCUGCUAACACAAGGCUGGAGGAAGUACCACGGCCGUUUCCGUUGCAUCCGUGUCUGCGCAGUCCCGAUGAAGAGCUGCGUUUCCUGCGCUGCUGCGCCCGUCUGCUCAUGCUGCGUCUGCUACCCGCACGGGACGCUCGUUCACGCAGUCUGCGCCUCUUACUGGUGGAGGUCGUCGCUACUAAAGUGCUUUUUUUUUUUGCAUGUUUAAACCCCACUCAGAUUUUCUUAAGAAAAUUUAAUAACUUUUGUGUAUGUCCAUAUACUUCAUUUCAUCACUCUGCUGUCAUUUUGUCUUUAUGCAGGUAUCAGAUAGUUGUGGAGAUCAUUCAGGCGACCACCAUUAGCAGUAUCCCACAGCUGAAGAGACAGAAAGACAGUAAAGGGAAAGAGGCUGCCGCGCUGAAGGCUGACCUGUUACGUGCCAGAAACAUGAAGCGUUACAUUAACCAGCUCACAGUGGCAAAGAAGCGGUGUGAGAAGCGGAUCCGGCUCCUCGGGGGUCCGAACUAUGAGCAGCAGGAGGACGGAGCCCAGGAUGAAGGGGACGGUCCACAGGGCCAAAGGAUACUUCAGUUUGAGGAGAUCAUGUCAAAUGCAGUGUACCGCGGGCAUUUCCGUGUCUACAUGGAGCGCGUGGAUAAGAGGGCUCUGAUUAGCUUUUGGGAGCUGGUGGAGAUGCUCAAGAGCGCCAACAAGAAUGAAGUGCCUCAGCUGGUGGGAGAGAUCUACCAGAACUUCUUUGUGGAGAGCAGGGAGAUCCCGGUGGAGAAGCCUCUUUAUAAAGAGAUCCAGCAGACGUUGGUGGGGAACAAGGGUACAGACGUGUUCCACAGGAUCCAGGGAGAUGUGUACGAGACCAUGAAGGAGCGCUAUUACCCAUCCUUCCUGGUGAGCGACCUGUACGAGCGGCUCAUUAAACGAGAGGAGCAAAGGAGCAGCUCACAGUCCAGCAGCGAGGAGAAAGACGACGCCGGUCAGGUGAUGGAAGGAGGGGAUGUGGCCCUGGAUGAGGGCAGCAAAGGCAUCAACGAACAGGCCAGUUACGCCGCCACCAAACUACACCAGCUGUAUGAGAGACUGGAGUACAAACGCCAAGCCUUGGGCUCUAUCCAGAAUGCACCGCGACCUGAUAAAAAGAUUGUGUCACUACUGAAGGAGGAAAUCUGCACCAUGGAGAAGGAGCACAGCGACCUCCAGCUGCACAUUUCACGGACGGACUGCUGGUGUGAGAACCUGGGCACCUGGAGAGCCGUCGUCAACACCGCAGAGGCCUCUGAGGAGAAUGGAGAGCAGAUGGCGUGCUACUUUGUAGCCGUGAGCCUUUCUGAAGACGACGACUGCAAGAACAACCGUUGGACGGUCUCCAGGAAGCUCUGCGAGUUUCAGGCUUUGCACAGGAAGCUGACGGAGUGUUUUCCGUCACUCAAGAAAGUCCAGCUUCCCUCACUCAGUAAACUGCCGUUCAAAUCCAUCGACCAAAAAUUCCUUGACAAAUCCAAAAACCAACUUAACACGUUUUUACAGAAAGUGUUGACAGAUGAGCGCAUGUGUCAGAGUGAGGCGCUGUACGCGUUUCUCAGUCCGUCACCAGAGCAGCUGAAGGUCAUCGACAUCCAGAAGAAAUCCUCCUUCUCUCUCGCAUCCUUCUUGGAGAGACUGCCGGGAGACUUCUUCUCACACCAGGAGGAUGAAGGUGAGGAUGACAGCGACCUCUCAGACUACGGCGAUGAGACAGACGGGAGGAAGGAUGCGCUGGCUGAGCCCUGCUUCAUGCUGAUCGGAGAGAUCUUUGAACUCAGGGGCAUGUUUAAGUGGGUGCGGAAGACACUAAUUGCACUAGUUCAGGUCACGUUUGGACGGACUAUAAACAAGCAAAUCAGAGACACUGUAAACUGGAUCUUCAGUGAGCAGAUGUUGGUUUACUAUAUUAAUAUAUUCCGGGACACGUUUUGGCCCAAUGGGAAACUUGCGCCUCAUAACAAAAGCCGCUCGGAGAGUGAACGCAGAGAAACCAAGGAGAGAGCACAACAGAAGCUUCUAGACAACAUCCCAGACGCACUUCAGAAUCUCGUGGGGCAGCAGAACGCGAGAUAUGGGAUCAUCAGGAUCUUUAAUGCACUUCAGGAGGCCAGUGCCAACAGACAUCUUCUCUACAUCUUGUUGGAGAUGCUGCUUAAAGAACUCUAUCCUGAGCUGAGCGUAGAGGCCGUACAGGCCUGAACUUCAUCACAGCACAUCAGAGGCUCAGGAUGUGUUUCUCUAAUGAGCUGGAUGGCUGUUUUUGGUGUUUCUUUUAGUUUUUUGUUCUGUUGUUUUAUUUCUGAAACACUUGACUCUGUAGUGCUGGAUCUAGGAAGCGUCAUACAUAUGUUAGUGUUUUAAUCCGUUGAUGUGUGGGAUUGGAGGAACAGGCCAGGUCCACUGCCAGCUGUCAUCUUCUGCUUUUCUUUCUCUCUUUUGUUUUCUUCUAGGGGGUUUUACUGUGUAAUGUGAAUAAGAGUGGAACGAGUGUUACACAUGUGUAAAAAGAAGAACCCAGACCACUGUAAACUCUCUACAUAUUAUUGUGACCAUUAUGAAAGCUUUUAAUCGUGCAAUAUGUCACGUACAGUUAUUGUGAAGGUUCUGUUUGUGAUAUUAUUAUUAAUAUUGUUAUUAUUAUAGAAUUGUAUUUUUACCAAAAUAGU